AUGAGCUUCCAGUACUUUACUCAAGAGGUUUUAGAUGAGUUUGAUGGAUCUGGUAGAGUAGAGAUUCUAGAGGCAUUAGACUCUUUCGAGUCUAACAGUCAGGAAAGCGAAGAUGAAAUAGUUAUUCUUUUCACGGAAUUGGUUUUGUCGUACGAGGAAAACAAAUUAAAAGUGGCUGAUAUAGUUGAUUUCCUUAGUCAAGCAAUUAAAAACGAUGACAUUGCGAGGAUGUUUUGCCAAGUUCUCAAUUCAUUUCCGAUUUCUGAAAAAAGUCAAGAGCUUUUGCAAACACUAGUUCAAAAAGAAAACAUCAUAAAGCCAGAUACAAUAGGAGCUCAUAUUAGCACUGAUUUUAUUAAAGAAUGCGAGCUAGUACCGAAAGCUGUGCUCACCAGGACACUAAACACCAGAUUAAGAGAUUCCUUGUACACACAGCGGAAAUUUAACCUCCUAUAUCAAGAGACGGAAGGUUUUUCGAAAUUGAUUAGUGAAAUGCACAACAUUUUCAGCAAUGAUAAUACAGAUCUUCAAAUAGACUAUGCAUUGCAAGUGAUUGAUAAACUAAUAGGUCAUUAUGAUUUAGAUCCCAAUAGGUGUUUAGACGUUCUUCUUGACGUGCUUCCGAACUUCAUCAUUAUAAAACCUGAAUGCGUGGUGCUGCUAUUGCGCAAAAGUAAAUGGUGGCCCAUUAAGGAAAGUAAUAAUACAACCCUCGAAAAUUUAUCAGAUGGCGGUAGCAACGUGGCCACCAGGAUAUACGCUUUAAAGUUUCUUUCGCAUAAGGACAAGGAAUUCUCAGAAUCUUUUAAGCAAACCAUAACAAUUCUAAUCAAAGAGGGAUUUCUCAGCUUUGGUUCGAUUUAUAAGUACUUGCUACCAAACGAUGAAGGAAUGAAGCCCUUUAAAGACGCAUACGACGAAAAAGUACAAGAAAAAGUGCUCAAAGCAGGGGCUAGUGCAUUAGCUCUAGCAGCACCUCUCGCAGAUGAUGAAGAUGAAUCGAGUACAGAACCAAAAUCGAAAACAAAGCCAGUCGUCGAGUCUCGCAAGGCCACGAAUUUGGCAUUGAACCAAAAAUUCCAACUUUUGAAAACAUUUGCCUUGAAUGGGUUAUAUUGGCCAACCAUAUACAUCUUGUCAGAAUAUCCUUUUCUUGCAGACGUUGAUAAUGAGAUCAAGGUAAGCUUGUGCAGAAUGUUUGGUGCAAUACUUGAACCAUUUUACAAAAGUGUAACAACAACAAGUCUUAACGACAAUAAUGAAGUUUCUCACUUGACGCAUGCCAAAGGUGUUUACUUUGCUAGAACUGGCAACAAAGUUGCAAUUGAACCAGUGAAAUAUACUGAUUUUCUUCGUUACUCAGCAACAAAAAAAGAUUACAGCAACAAGAGAUUUCAUUACUUUUAUAAAGAUUGGACAUCCGGGUUGCCCUUGAUCAACAGUUUUGAAACAUUAAUGCAAGUUUCGCAAGAUUUCUUGAAAUUCAUUGGCAGUAACCUUUCUGAUGACAUUGUACUUUUUUCCAAACUAUGUGAUGUUGUGCAAUCUUUUGCACAAGAGGAGCAGUAUAAAGAUCAAGUAUUUCAUUACUUCAGAAACUAUAUUUUCCCAGUGAUGCCCUUGAUUACUGAAAAUUCUAUUGCUAUUGAUAAAGCGUUUGCAAUCUUGGCCAUAUACCCGUUGGAGGAUAGGUUUAGCGUUUAUGGUGAACUAUACAAUAACUUAAGGAAGAAUAACUUGCAAAUAAAGAUUGCUUAUAGUGUAGCAGAAAAGUCAACAAAAGAUGCUUUAAAGAGGUUAUCAAAGGAGAACAUUCGUCCAAUGAUGCGAAGACUUGCUAAGAUUUGUUUCUCCAAUCCAUUGCCUUGUUUGUUAACAAUAUUGCAGCAAAUUGAAAGUUAUGAUAAUUUGAUAACUUUAGUGGUUGAAACAGCAAGAUAUUUCAAUGAUUACGGCUGGGAUAAUUUAACUGUGGCAAUUUUAAUUAGGUUGAGCUCUGACAGAAAUGCUAGCCAGGAUAAUGGAAUGAUUGAUCGCCAGUGGUUACAAUCAUUAGCAUCUUUUAUUGGUAAAAUUUGCCAGAGAUACCCCAAAGCAAUUGAUAUUAAAACCAUAUUGAGCUACUUGAUCAAAUCCUUUUACGCAGGAGAAAGGACGGGAAUACUUGUAUUGAAGGAAAUGCUUUCGUCAAUGGGUGGAAUUCAAUCUUCUUCUGAUUUGACCUUGAGACAAAUCGAUAUGAUUAGUAGCGGGUCAUCACUCCUGAAGAUGGUUUAUCGAAUCAUAGAUGAUGUCAGGUAUAAUCGAGUUACUUCGGGUAGUCAUUUGUUGGAAUGCUUUAAGGCAUUAAAUUGUACCACAGAGGUUAUAAUCUUGUUAUGUCUGAUACUUAAUGAUUUAGUGUAUGAUCAAGCGGAAAAUCAACUAAAAGUAUUGGCCAGUCGAGCCGAUGAUAUCAGCGAGGUCAUCAAACUUUUCAUUACUUUGAUUGACUUUUUUGGCAAUGGUGAUUCGUUGGAACUUAUGCCAAUUGAAGAAAUGACGGAAUCUUAUGGCGUUCCUGUGGAGUGGGCUUUUGAUUUAUGGAGAACCAAAAAACAUUCGGAUGACGUUUUAAACCUAGAUGAGUUUGGAUCCAAAAUUUGUCCCGUUAAUUUCCCUUCAUCUCUUUAUAGUUCAUUUUGGUACUUAUCGCUCGGAGAUAUAAAUUAUUCUGAUUCCCUUUAUAAUGGCGAAGUUGAAAAGUUGGAGUCAAGUAUCAGAGGAUUGCGAAAUGCUAUUACGAUGAAUGCUCGAAAUUCUGAUUACCCAAAAGCAACAAUUGAAAAACAUCGAAGAGAAAUUGAUGAAAACAAAGUGUUUAUCCAGAAGCUUCCUCUGGAUAAGCAGAUUCAUCGAGAAAGGAAUGAAAGAAUAGAUGAGCAAUUGAGUAAAUUAUCAUCAAAUUGGUUUUGUUAUAACAAUGAGGUAAAUGGCGGAGAACAAAAGGAAAUGCUUGUGAGAUUUAUGCAGCACUGCAUCUUUCCUCGUGCACUCCAUUCAUCUUUCGACGCAGUGUAUGCAGCUCGGUUUAUUUUCAAACUUCAUGCAGUGAAAGUUGCAAACUAUUCGUUAAUAGGUUGCUUAGAUGUCCUAUUCAAUUCAGAGGGUUUGUUUGGAAGCUUAUACUCAUCAACUCCGGCUGAGAUUGAAAGUCUCGGCUUCUUUUAUGCUGAUAUUUUAAAGACGUUAGCGGAACUAAGAGUAGAGCAAAAGAAGUUUGAGGACUUUAAGUUGUAUGAUUUUGACGAAUUUAGAAAUUCUGUCUAUAAGUACCAUUCGACAAUUGUUGAUGCAAUAGAACAAUCAUUAACAACGCCUGAUUACAUGUCAAGAAACAAUGCAAUAUUGUUUUUGAAGGGUUUACUUAGUGUUUUUCCAAUCGUUGAAGAUCACGGAGAAAAAGUGGUGAGAUUGGUUGAGUUGAUUUUGGCAAGUGAUUCUCGAGAUGAUAUUAAGUUAUCGUCUGGAGCUCUUUUAGGUCAUAUUAAAGCAAAAGCGACAACUUGGAUUCCUAUCUAUGAUUUCAUUCCAAUGAGCGACGAAGCAAAACAGAAUAUUAUUAAAGAUAAAAAAAUCGCACGAGAAAAAGAAGAAGCCGAGCGGAAGAAAAUAGAGGAGAGAAUAUUGAGAGAAAAGAGGGAGAAGAUUGCAAAGGAAGAAGUUUUGAAGAAAAACUCAACCAUUGAUUACAAUUCAAUGUCUACACAGCCAAACCGCCCGAUUUCGAGGGCAACUACAAUUGACUCGAAGUCUAAAUAUGCAGAGUACGCUCCAGUAGCAAGAGUAAAAGCGGACAAAGAUUCUGCUACUGGAGCCGCCACUGGAGCUGCUGCUGGAGUUGGUGCAUUAUCAGCGAUUAGUACAAAUGGAGGUGAAACCAAACAUACGAAUGGUAUUGGUGCCCCUACUAUCAAAGAAGACACGCCACAGUCUGAUUCUUCCAAGACCAAAGAAAAAAUUGAUAUCAAAACUCGACUUUUGCAAUUAAAAGAGCAAGAUCGCCAGAGACGCUCACAAAGCCCCGUGGGAGAAAUAAGUGACAAUGUUGGUGAGCAAAUGGAGGAAGAGAAGAUAAGUGAAAUUAAAGAUUUUGGUGCCAACCUGUUACUGUCUGAAAAUGUCAAGAAUGAUGUAAAUGGUGGUAAUAAAUCAGAGAAAAAUAACACAAUUGCAAAGAGUUCUAAUGAGUCUAUUGAUACAGAUGCGACACCAACUGUUUCAGCAGUUACGGAAAACACCGAUGAAAACUCACUGAAAAUAAACGAAGAAGAAAAAGACAAACUCAAAGAAGAAGAAGAAGGAGAAAGAGAAGGAGAAAAAGAGGAAAAAAGCAGACAAAAAAUUCCAUCCAGACCACACAUCAGACCGCGAGCACCAUCGCGACCUCAAAGCCGAGCAAGUAAUGAAUCCGAUACGAAACCCAUAGGACCAGCAAGAAGGGCACCUUUGCCACCACAAGAACGUCUUCUUGGUAAGGAUUCAAGAGCUCAAUCAUCAUCACGCGAAGUUCGUGAAUCACGCGGUAAAUACCAAUCAUCAGCUUCAUCAUUUGGUCACCAAAAUGAUUACUUAAUUCCACCGCCACCACCUCCAAUUCCACCACCACCACCACCACCUACAUCAUUUCCUACUCAGUCGACCGGUUCCAACAGAAAUCACAACAACAACAACUAUAAUAAUGACGGCGAUAGUCAGGCCAAUUCAAGACGUAGUAAUUUCAAUUCUGGGUACAAUCGUCACAAUAAUGGUAGCAAGAGCAACAACAAUUCAAACGAUCGCGAUCAACCAUCUCUGACUGGUGGUAGAACCAGAUCUUAUGAUGGUAGACGCGAUAACAGGGGAAGGGAUAAGGAGCAAGGUGAUACUAUAGCGGCAAAUCGUGGUGGCCAUUUGCAAGAUAGAAAGAGGCGAGCAGAUGACUACGGUGGAAGAGACAGAGAGAGAAGUAGAGGCUCAUACAAAAGAGGUCGUUAUUGA